GAUGCUGGCUAAUCGCUUGAAGAAUAAGGCUGAUCAUCAUUCUGCUGUAGAGCCUAUUUUGUCUGGAAUAACUGGUCUACUGGGAUGAUUGGAUGAAGUGAGUCUUGAUUUUGUCAGUACCUUGACUUUCUGUCGGUGGAAUGGUCAACUGGGUCCUGCCGAGCUGAGAAUUCUUUAAGCAAACUCUAAACUAGAGUUUGUUUCUUUCCUGCCUAGUUGCUACUGUCCGAAAGCUCACCAAAACAACCCAGGCCACUUGGUGUCUUGGUGUGCCUUCAUCUAUCAACCAUGUUGGCACAAAAUUAGCUGGUGCACCAUCCAGAUGCAUGCAUCGAGCCUGGCACUCUUGAAAAAUCAUUUGGUCACCGUGUCUAGCCCAUCUCCGCACGUGGAGACGUUCGGACGAAGACAACCACAAGCAGAGUAUUCUCUCUUACUCCUCUCUCCCCAUGCGGGCAGGCCCCAGCACCCCCAUCACAAGUAGCAAAUUCCAAAUCCUGUGCUGCCAUGGCUCCAAGCUUCUGGUUCUUCGGGGCCUGGUGGCUACCGCUGAUGCUGACCAUCGCGGCUGGUGAGGAGCAAGCGGAAGGCUGCUCGGCGGCCACGAGGUGCGGCAACCUCACCAUCUCUUACCCAUUCUGGGCCCUUGACAUGGAGACAGGAACAUCAUGUGGCUCGUCAGACUUCGAGGCCGCUUGCGUCAACAACACUCCGAUCCUACGGAGCUCUGUGCCUGUGGCCUACGGCAUAGCAAUUAUCGACAUCCACUAUGAGGAACGCAGUUUGCAUGUGGUUGACCAAGGCAAGCUGAAUAUAUUGCAAGCCUCCGACAGCUGCCCAGCCUGGACCAUGAAUACCUCCAUCAAAUUGGGCCUCCCAUUUACGAUCGACGCCGACAGCAUGAACCUCGUCUUCUACAACUGCACAAGCGCAACGGAAGCACGUAGAGAUAGCACACUAGUGGAGAUGAGAUGCGGGAACAAGAACAACAUUUUUGUCCGCGGGGGAGUUCCUUACGAUGAGACGGGUGACUAUGCCGGCUAUGCUAUCGAGGGCUGCAACGCUACCACUGUGCCGGUGUUGGGCAUGUCUGGCGAGGCGAAAGCGAGCGACUACAAGCAGCUCAUCAGCGGUGGCUUCCUCAUGAAAUGGCAGCAGCCGCCUGGCAGUGGUAGCAAGAGGACUGGAAAGAAGAUAAUACUAAUAGUUUUGACAUCAGCAUCUGUGGCCUUGCUCAUUCCAUGCAUUUAUGUGCUGAUAUGGCAUAGAAAGGGCAAAAGACUAUGGUUUCUCCUCUGCAAAAAGACCAGCAGCAGCACUGAAAGGAAUUACGAAGCCAUGAUAGUAUCUUAUGGAUCCCUAGCUCCAAAAAGAUACACGUACUCAGAGGUAAUGAAGCUAACGUCUUCUCGCAGUGAUCAGCUUGGAAAAGGUGGUUAUGGUGUGGUUUUCAAAGGAAGACUAGAUGACGGUCGCCUGGUUGCUGUGAAAUUCUUGCAUGAGUGCAAAGGAAAUGGGGACGAUUUUGUGAAUGAGGUUAUGAGCAUUGGCAGAACCUCUCAUGUUAAUAUUGUUAACUUAUUUGGGUUUUGUUUGGAGGGAUCAAAAAGAGCACUUAUAUAUGAGUACAUGCCCAAUGGCUCCUUGGAUAAGUACAUAUACUCAGAAAAUCCCAAAGAAAUUUUAGGAUGGGAGAGGCUCUAUGCGAUAGCAAUUGGGAUUGCUCGUGGCCUGGAAUACUUGCACCAUAGUUGUAAUACACGGAUUGUUCAUUUCGAUAUCAAGCCUCAAAAUAUCCUUCUAGACAAGGAUUUUAGCCCAAAGAUUGCUGACUUUGGUCUAGCUAAAUUGAGUCAUGCAAAGGAGAGCCAGCUUUCAAUGACUGGUGCUAGAGGGACGAUUGGGUACAUCGCUCCAGAAGUUCACUCCCGAGCGUUUGGAGUUGCUUCGACAAAGUCAGAUGUUUACAGUUAUGGAAUGAUGUUGUUAGAGAUGGUUGGCGGCAGGAAAAAUGUGAAUGCGAUGGCUGAAAAAUCUAGCGAACAAUAUUUCCCAGACUGGAUUUAUGACCACUUUGCACAAGAUGAUAGAUUGCCAGAAUGUGAUGUCACAAGUGAAAUUGACGAAAAGGCAAGAAAGAUGACCUUCAUUGGUUUGUGGUGCAUACAAAUACUACCUAUUUAUCGCCCUACUAUAGCCAAAGUUCUAGAAAUGUUCGAGAGAAGCUUAGAUGAAAUGAAGAUGCCACCAAAGCAAAACUUUUCUGAACCAAUUGAAGAUCCACCUCACAAUAUGAGUGCACAAAGUGCAAGUUCCACCACUCGGGAAGAAAUAAGCUUUGCGAGUUCAGAAAACCUUCAGUACUUGCCAAGUCUUUGAGAAGGAUGGUUCUAUAUAGUAGAUUCAGAAAUUGUACAAAAGCAACGAAACUCAACAUUUUAUUGUAAAAUUUAUUCCAUGUAUCUAAGGACUAGACUAAGGGUGAAUCUACGGAUAAAUAUAUCAUUAAAGUUCCAUU